AUGAAAGCAAACAAGAUAUUUAAAAAAAAUAAAAAUUACCGCUUAUCAUAUCCCCACGCUACAAUUUACUGGAUUGCCCCGUCCCCCCCCCCGCCCAAAAGCCAACAUGCAUCAACUACGUCACCAUCUUACACACCAACAUAUGCUCCCCCCCAUGCGAGAAGAGCUUUUGCGAGCACCGCAACCGAACCGCAGCAAAAGCGCUUCGCUUCGCUGCCCCGGGGUAGCGCAGACGCAUCUCCACGCGUAUUCCCGUUGCCGAAAAAGAAACCAAAGAGAGACGGAGAGUCACUCUCGCACACUCAUCAUCAUCAUCAUCAUCAUCACAUAAUCGCUUAUCCCUCCCAUCCAUUUCCGAAGCUACGGCGGGGAGGGGGGGGGGCAACAUAG